AUGGGCGACGGUAUUAAGUUAAUUAAAGGUAAGCGUCACAAGAGCUCCAGCAGUUUGUCUGGAGGUGCGUUAGAAGGAAGACUUUCCACGAGAAAACUGGACAUUCGUGCUUCCAUACCCGAAUUGGAAGACCAAUUUGCUUUGGCAGAAGCGAGAUGCGACGACUUACAAGAGAAAAUAGAUUUGGUGAAAGUUUUAAAAAAGAAAAGGAAAUUAAAGAAACGGAGCUCCACUCGAGUGACCGACCAGCGGCCGUCGAUAGAAGCGCUCCCGCUCAUAACUGUGCGAACUCAGCCUAAGAAAACUCUCAUGGUUACAGAGGUGUCGCAGCAGUCGACCAGGCAUCGCCGGUACGAUUUACCCCCCAACCCGGCGAGGGGGUACUUAGACCCGGCCACCGUUGAGCAGCACAGGAUGAUUGGCCAGGUGCACGGGUACAAUCAGAUGUACCGACCUGCGCCGGAGUCACCGAAGGUGAAACUCAUGGCGUCCGAGCAGUCGCGACCACAGUCGAAGAGAGUGCCCGUGGCGCGACCCGAUGGCGAUGCUGGAAAUUCACGGAAAAGUUCGCGCAUUGCGACCAUUCAGAUGAUGCCCACCGCCCAGGACGCCGGCUGCGGCUCGGACCUUGACCCUGCCGAGUUUUCCGAGAGCGAAGACGUUUUCAAUCAGCCUACGGUGUGUUCAACAGCGCCCAAGAAAGUUGAGAACGUGCAUUAUGCGAAAUCUCCGCCGGCGCGACGAAGGCAUGUGCCCCGGGAAUCUUUGGCCAAAGACGAGUCGAGAGCCGCGCGUGGUUACCGGGCGGAGUCUUCGCCGGUACUGAGGAGAAAUACCAAUCAGAAACUUAAGGAGACUCCAUCUAUACCCGAGGAGAGGUCGGUGGUGGAAUUGUUCAACAAGGACCACUGCCGGGGGAAUGUGGUGGACCAAAGGACCAGCCCGAUGAGGCAGGCGCCAAAGAAGAAAGGUCGGGGUGUCGUAAAUCAAACUGAAACUUCAGACGUGCGCAAUGCUUCGAUGACACCGAUGAAAAAGGAAAGUCACACGAAACACCCCCACCGUAUCAAGUAUCGGAGCCGCCGAUAUGAACUCCCGACCGUCGCGUCGCAGAUGAAGCAGGCCCGCAUGCAGUACUACCAGGUCACGGCGAACCACACCAACAUACCUUUUGUCGUCAGCAAGAGUACUGCUCCGUCGCAUAAUAUAGGUGUUAACAUACAACAGGUUUUGAAUGGCGUCAAAAUACAACAGCCGCUCUCUGGUAUACCGCUCACCAUCGCUCAUCAUAUGGGUCUGGGUCACCUCCCCACUUAUGGUCAUGCAAGAACUACUGCAGUGCAACCAACAAUAGACAACAAGGAGAUAAACGCGAUCCAACUGGGCCGCAGGCUUGUCCGUCUGCCGUCUUACAAGUUCAACAUGUCCUUCAACCGGCUGCUAACCCUCUACCGCGAGGGGGACGGCAUGGUGCCCAGGUUCCUGAGGGCGAUCAGCAGGCCGCAUUACUUCUACACUUCUAUGUACAACAGUCUAGCCACGAAUCGGGAGGACCACGACGGCGCCACGUCCAAAGGUCUCGGCGGGAGUCAGGAGGCGAAGCAGAGUCUGGCCGAGUACGCGGCGCUGUACCGGGAGUUUGAAUACGUGGACAAGUGCAUCAAGGACGGCCACAGAGAUCCCGAACUGGAGCAGAGGAGGGAUGAGCUGUCUAGGGAGCUGGCUGAUAGGGAAGACCAUAUAAGGAGGGUUGUACAAGAAUACGGGGCCCAAGCCGACGCGGAACAAACGGUGCUCCGGUCUUCAGCCUCCACCAGCGAGAACCCCUACCGGCACUCCACCAACAGGCUCAACGUGGGGGACCCCCAGCAGUAAAGCUGCCGCCUGGCGCUAGUUCUGCGAACUAAAUUCUGCGUUGCAUCGGACUUGACAACUAUGGACAAUAAAAUUAUCGUCCUUCACACUCGCCUCGUAGACUACCGUCGCCCAGUAGACCAAUCUAAUUCGUCUAUCGUCGCUACGUUUGCGUUUUUUUAAACUAGAUAAUAGAUGGCGUUAGCGUCGCGUUCGACACAAUGCUUCUCCCGCGCGCGAAUAUUCUCGAGCGCGGUAAGAGCUUCUAGGAUUAGCUCUAUAGGAAAAGUAGUCUAGCGUCUAAUAAACUUUAGGUUAUUAUUGCUACACGGCAAGAUGAUCUGCUUUAUCAAUUUAUAUACAACUGUUCGGCUGCGGGUGAUCGUGUAUCUGAUUGUUACGUCCAAAAUCAAUUGCUUUUCCGAACGUGAAUGGUUGGGCAUA